UCCAGCCAAUAAGAACGAGGCCGUGUUGCGCUCCUCCCGGCCGCCGCGUGGCGCCCGCCCCCGUUGCGAGCCGGGGGGGCGGCGGCGCCAUGGAGGCGUGGGUGCGGUUCAGCGCGCAGAGCGCGGCCAAGGAGCGGCUCUUCAGGGCUGCCCAGUACGCCUGCGCCGUGGCCGCGGACGCGCUGCGGAGGAGCGGGGCGAGCGCCGAGGCCUUGGCCAGAGCCCGGCAGCUGGAGGCGCACCUGAGCCUGGGCCGCAAGCUCGUGCGGCUGGGCGGCUGGGCCGAGGCGCUGGAGGCGGCGAAGCGCGGGAUCCACCAGCCGGACGCGGUGCUGCGCGUCUGCCUCACCCUGGGCCACCUGAACCGCGCGCUGUUCUGCGCCUGCGACAACGCGCUGUGGGCGGCGCGCGCCGGGCUGCUCCCCGCGCUCGACCAGGACAGGUGGAGCCAGCGCUCCUUCAGGUAUUACCUGUUCGCCCUGGUGCUGAACCUGAGCCGCGACGCCUACGAGCUGCGGGCGCUGCUGGAGCGCGAGGCGGGCGGGAAGCGGGCGCACGGCACCGACACCGGGCGCCAGCCCCGCGCCGACGACACCGGGCGCCAGCCCCGCGCCGACGGCCGCUGCCGGCAGCUGGGGCUGCGGCUGUGGCUGCAGCUGCGCCUGCUGCUCCGCGUGCUGCGCCGCAACCCCCCGCUGCUGCUGGACCUGCUCCGCAACGCCUGCGACAUCUUCAUCCCGCUCGAUAAGCUGGGCUUGUGCAAAACCAGCCCGGGAUUCGUGGGGCUGUGCGGUCUCACCUCCUCCAUCCUCUCCAUCCUCACCAUCCUCUAUCCCUGGCUUAAACUCAAGCCGUAGUCGUGCCCGGAGCCGUCCUGCGGGCUUAAGCCCGGCCUAAGCGGGUGUUGAGGGGGUUAAUCCCGGCGCUGGGCCUGGACUGGACUGAGUCGCUCCGUGGCUGCGGAACCAGGACGGGGUCGCUCGGGCUGCGACGCUCAGAACAACCAACAUUUGGUCCUUGUCCCCGUUGUUUUUGUGGCUUUUCCAGGGGUUUAGCGGUUUCCCCUCUUUUUUAGGGGUUUGACCCCAGGGCUGGGGUGAGCUUAGUGUAAACUGGGCACGGCCAGAGCCGGGUUUAGCUUGUUUUUAAGAAACUCGCACCAAAGCGGAGCGCACAAGGACUUCGGGUGUUGGAGCCGAGUUUGGGGUCAGUUCUCGUGGUUUUGAGGUGAAACGGGGCGCGUUUUGUCCCCCACGGGAGGACAUUUCCCUCCUCGCCCCUUUUUGGGCAGGAUUUGCUCCUUUUCCUCGGUUUCCGGGUCUGAGCUCCAGCAGCACCAACCGCUCGGGGCCGGGGGCGCCUGCGCGGUGGAAAAGGCUCGUUUGGGGCUGAGAAUGGUGGUUUUGGGCGCUCGGCGGGUUCUGCGGGCGCGGGGCCGGGGCCGGCCUGCCGCCCCACACGCGGCCCUCGCUGAGCCUUUGGGGUGAAACGGGCAGGAAACGGCCAAAUGCCGGGCCAGGCCUGACCCUGAGCUCGGCUCAGCCCCUUCGGUGAGGAGGAGUCUGGAGCCGGAUUCCGGAGCCGGAUUCCAGAGCCGGAAGGACUGGGCGGGGAGGGGGGGGGAUGCGACACCCCCCACCCCAGGAAUUGUGGCUUUUUUGGGAAAACGCAGCAAAUCCCCCAACGCACUUUUGGGCUGGGAAAAUUCCCUUAAUUAGGGAAAAAUCGGCGUUAAUUGGGCCGGGGCUUCGUU